AACCCUUUUCCGGAAUUAUGUCAGCUAACGUGAGCUACGACCAGCUAAAGCAAAGCGGCUCGGUUGGCCGCCUUGACAAGCGAUAAUAUACCGUCCACAGACAGGAAUUAUUCAUUAAAAACAUAUAACGGAUCGAAACACAACACUCUUAUAAGUGAGAAGACGUCUCGGUCGCGGUUACCUCUUCUCUGACUCUUACUCCACUGUAUGAUCGCAGCCAUUGAAUUAGUGGGACCUAAUAAUACCUGCUGCCUGAUGACCAGCGGACCUCACCGCUCAACAUGAAUCCUGGCAGCUAUCAAAGCAUGCUGUCGUCUGUGAACGGUGGGCAUCCCAAUGUGGUUUUGGAUCGUGUUCUGAACACUUCAAAUGUGAGGUGUUGUCAGAAAUGUGGAUUCGCUUCUACAGAUGCUGCGUUGUUCAAGAAGCAUAUGAUCGAGCAUAGGGGCACAACAAGGUUUUACUGUUUUUAUUGCAACAAAGUCUCAUUCAGUGAGGCAGAGUUAAACGCUCACCUGAAGCAACACAAUUCAAAGUAUCCAUUUAAAUGUCCUCACUGUGGACAGGGCUAUAUGAGGAGGCUGUGCCUUGUGAAGCACAUUGAGCGUUUCCAUAGUACAAGCGUUAGUAAAGGACCUGGUGACCCUGGCACGACAAAAAAUCAACAGGUUUCUGUUUCCAGUGCCUUAUCAAGUGUGCCCAUUGCUGAUCCAUCGCCACUUCGACCAACUGUUCGAGUAACAGUACCUGCCCUGAGUACAUCUGCAGUCAGACUGGGUAAAGAUGAACAGAGAGGAAAAACACUGGACACAAAUGUAGCAAAUGCCACAAAUGGUAAUGCAGAGCAUUUGACCUCUUUUAAUGGACUCAUUCAGCACAACAGGGCUCUGACGGUUUCCCUUCCAGAGGAAGUAACGAUCCCUGCUGGCUGUUUGGUUGAACUUGUUGAGGUAAAAACUGUCAAUGGGACAAAGGAGCUGAAGCUGAGGCUCGUCUCUCAACAAGAAAACAAGUCUGUGAUUAAAGACACCAGGACCACAGUCUCUCAAAACACUGCACUGGGAAAGCCAUUCUUAUCUGCAUUAAAUCAUCCAAACACCGUGAAGUCUAUGAGUAUGGGAAUGUGCACAGUUAACAGGAAACAGUGUGAAACAAAGACUGUGAAUGUGGAGCGUCCUGCAGUUGUCCCAGUCAAUAUUUCCAAAAACCUCCCGAAUCAAGUAAGCAAGGAAAAAGGUGGAUUGAAAAGAACAUCACAAGAAAUAAUCAACUUGGAAUGUCAAACAGUUGUUCCAAACAAGGUUCCCAAAAGCAUCCUCAAUCCUGUAAGAGAAGGAAAUAGUGGGAUCAAAGUUACACAGAGAGAGCCCAUCAACCACAAUUCAGGUCUGCCUUCUGUUAUCUCCAACACGGUUGUCAACAGGUUGACUCACACCCUGCAUCCAGAAAACAUGGGAGCAUGUGUUUCUCAGAGAGCAAUGGAUAAGAGAAAUAAUUUAAUUCCAGAGCAUUCCAAGAGUAUCCCACCAAGGAGGACAAGUGACAUAAAAAUCAUUCCUCAAGAUGUGUCGGUGGCUGUUAAGCAGGAACCUGGGGAGGAGCUCCUCCAGAACACCACUUCUUUAAAAAAGAAGAAAGAGGCAGUGGGCUUGAACCAGCAAAAAACAACUUCUCCUUCCUUGAGUGUUCUCUUAGCUGCAGCGGCCCAAGUGAGACCUCCAGCGACUUUAGUUUGUAAGGAUAAUGUUGUCACAAAGCCAUCUUCUUCAAUGCCAAGAACUCUAAAUGAGUCUUCAUCAGUCAAAACACAGGUGCUUUCCAACCGCACAAAUUCAAAGAUCUCCACUUGGACCCAGGAAGUCAGAUCCAACGAGAGAGCCGGAGAAGGAGACAUGCUAGAGCCCGAGGGUUUUCCCAUCAUCUCUUCUGUGUUUUCAUUAAGUCAACAACCAGAGGAUGUCCAAGGCUCCAUGCAGCCACUGGUUAUGGCUCUGCGUGGUAUAGUGAUGAAUAAAAGUAACAGUUCUGGUAGUGCAACUCAAGAUCACAUCAAGAUGAACAGCACAGAGCAGGUGAAGGAGGCGCCAACACUGGGGUUCUGUGCUCAGGCGGCCACAAAAGAUGGAUCCAUCAUCCGCAAGCUUUUAUUGACAGAGCGGACCAGUGAGUCCGUCAAAGUAGAGGAGCAGGAUAAGGGUAUUCAACACCCUCCUGCACUGACCCACAACCAUGUCCAUGUCAAGGAGGAAAAAAAUAGCACAACGCCAACAUACAAUAAGAACGGCCGUCACACUCCUGUUUCACAGUCUUCAACAGAUGAGGAAUCUGUUUCCAAAACUGCUGCACAUGUGAAUGCACCUGAGACUACAGAGCCUCUACGGGAAAUGGCAAAAAGUGAGAACGACAUCUCAAAGUUCCUGACUGUCUCUCUGAAAAGGGUACAAGUAGGCGUGUGGAAGAAAACCAAGAAGGGACUGAAACUUAGAAUAUCCAAGUAUAAGACUCAGAUACCUGUGGGCAGUCUAACUGAUUGCACAGUUAUUUACCCAAUGCCACUGAAGGUGGACCAACUGGUGAAACGGCCGGGCCCCAACCAGCCUGUGGUGGUGCUCAAUCACCCAAAGCCUCGGGCCUCCAUUCAGGGAGCGAGAGCAGACACUUUAGCAGACACAGGAGCCUCUAAUGGAGCUCCAAAGUGCCAAAUCUUAAAAAUGAGGCUGAGCAAAGUGAUGGGGCAGAAGUAUGAGGUGAUGGGGUGCACGGUUGGAGUCUUUCCAUGAAUUUAUCAGACAAUAUGUCAGUGGACAGAAGUGUACAUUUAUGAGAAAAUAAGUAGUAUUACAAUGGGAAGAUGUUGACUUAAUGUUAUUUUCUCUAUGGGAGCACACAAUUUUAAAAGAGUGGACAUCUGAUUAUCAGUGAACAUUGUGUUAUACGUAUGUUAAUAUAGGCAUGGGAUAUGGAAUAUUUAAGUGCAAUGAAAGGGAACAUGGACCACCUACUGUAAUAGAUUGCAGUCAGUAAUACACAGAUGUUAGAUUACUGUUUUAAAGACGUUUGAGAAACCAGUAGAUCUGUCAGAGUUGAGGCAUUAAUGCAUGCUGUUUACUUAAAAAGGAUAACAUACUGUAUUUAUUUUUUUGUUUGCAUCAGUAAUGUUUUGCUGUUCAUCUGGCUCCUCUAAGAUACAACCUGAACUAGGGAAAGUACACCUGAGAGUAUCACAUCUUUGUGUAGAGUAUAAACAAUGUCAUGAAUAAAUACACGUAACAUGCACGGCUCCCAGUUGUAAUGAUGGAACAGUCCGUGUUGGAUAUUAAGUAAUGAUGAAAUGUUUGGUUUGUGAUUUGACAGUUAGAUGUCGUUGAUUGUGGGUGAAAGCUCACUUGCAAUAUUUAGCACAAACAACAUACAAUGAAAACAUUUCUUAUUCCAAUGUAAAAUGCACCCAAAAAGUUAAACUUUCAACACUGAUUGCCUUAAAAGUGGUCAAUAAAACACGUCCCAUUUCAAAAGCUCCUCAAAAUUUGGCCUGAGCAAUGUGGCCUUUGUAGAAGUCACAGCCAGUGUCAUGUGCAGCACUCGGUAUCGGUCAGUAGUGUCAUGGUGCAUUUAGGAACUCUUUGCAACUCUAAGAUUCAGUAAAUAUUGCGUGACCAUGUCGUAUUUAUCAGAUGUUCAACAGUCACUGGUAAAUUCAUUAAAUGAACUGGACCAAUGAAAAGGAGGAUGCAAGGUGUAAAUAAUGGAAGCUGGGCAUGCACACCACUGUUUGUUGUCGUUAUUAGUUUGGAUGUGUUGUAAAUCACAGGGUGCUGCAGAGAAACGGACGUUAUGUGUGCCAAAGUCGUCCUUAAUGUGUUGUGUGAAAUGAAAUGUCACAGUUGUUCUGUAAACUUGGAAUGUGCCCCAGUUUCUUACCGGUAUUUACCACUUUGCCAGCCAUUUUCGGUGAAAAACUUAAAUCUUUAGUGCGUAACUUUUUGAUAUUAAUGAAUGUCCAUUACAUUCAAGCCAUUGUGGUGCGGUCAUUGAAGGCUUGUAUAAAGUGGAUGCGCCGACAGUUUUGUUGUCAUUACUUAGAAUUCCUCAUGCGGGGGGGCGGUAGAAACUACGCACUAUAGCUUUAAAUGUUUUUUACUUUGCCAGUUGAUGAGGAGUGCCUGAAUGCACCGUUAUAUUUAGCCAAGAGCUACAAUUUCCACUAUUCCUAAUAGUCCAGAUUGAUAAGAACGGUGAACUUAAAGGAGCUGUACUCAAUAUUCAGAACAUUAAUAUAGUGCUAUGUAAAGAUAUAGUGGAGUAAUGGCGUCAUGAGCAGAGAAUGAAGUCACACUCCCUCUGUGUGUCUUGUAAUCAGAUCUUAUCUGUUCUUUGUUUUGAUAGCUGGUCCGGCCGUGCGUGCAUACAUGUGGCCGUGAAAAAAAACAUUCACGUAUUUUACGUAUUGGGAAACGGUCUGUGAGAGCUGUGUGGAGGCAAUCCCAGCAAGCAGUUUAUUCAGUAUUUCGAGUACAGCCCCUUUAAAGCCUUAAAGAAUCCUUCUGUAUUUUUAUUUACUUGUUCAGUCUUAUGUUAUCCUCGAUUUGAUAAUUAAUAUUUUUUUUUAUUUUAUUCUUACCCCAUUAGAUGUUUGUUUCAUGACGAUUAAAUGUGUAAUUCAUCACAGAUAUUUUGUGAUUAACUUAUGUAAGGGAACAGUCCCAGAACCAAGUGUUAAUGCCAUCUUGGAUCGUUGUUACUCCUUGUGCCAUAUGUUUUUUUUGUUUUGUCUUUUUUAUGUGACAGCUUACAUGUAUAGCCUCUUUUCUAGCGUCUUAAACAGUAGUGCAAAAUGGAGCUGAUAAAAUCGGCCAAAACUGGUUUAUUAGUUUAACAGAAAGCCACAAAAUAUAAUAUGUGUAUAUAUUUGUGUAAAUACUGACUGUUGUGAUUCUAGGGAACCUGCUAAAACUUGUAUAGUUUUUUUUCGAAAACCAUCUAAAGGACACAAACAAUCUUCUUUCCUGAUACUUUGCAGAGGUGUUUCCCUUCUUACGACAGCAUUACGACAUUUUUGUGUUCUUGUUUAUACUGUAACCAUCAUGUAUGAGUUGCUAGACCUAUUAUUCAAUUAUAAUAGGUUUCAGUUGCCCAGUCAUUGUAUAUAUUUUGAUCACCCACAGAUUUUAUUAUGUAUAUACCUUUAAAUAUAACGUGCGAUAACUGGUGUUUAUACUCAGUAGGGAAUGGUUAUCAUUCUACAGCCUCUUCUGCAAAAGAAGUUAUGUUGUGCUUUACUCUCCUAACACUGCAGUGUCUGAAGCUGCCGUGCUGUAUUAUUUGUCUUAAAGGUGUGUAAGGGCGUGACAGUUAUUUCUGAAUGCUUUGCUUUGUCUUUCAUUCACUCCUCAUUUGUGUUAGAAUUACUCAUGUUCCUGCUAUAGCAGAUUUUGGUUUUACUACCUUCUCAAUGUUCAUUAUCAUGUUUCAUGCUUUUAUAAUGACAAUUGUGUAACUCCUCUUUUUCUAUUAAAACAUGAAACCAG